UCAAACGUAUUGAUUUUUUGUUGAUGCAGUUCCCAGUUAUGUUGAACUGCAUGAGACUAUCAUUGACCAUUAUGGCUUUUUUUUCUUUUUUCUUUUGAAGUUUCUGCUGCAGUGGGAUGUCAAUUGAACAUGUUUUAUGAUCUGGGGCGGUGGUUUUUGUUCUGUAAAUUUUUUCUGCAAUCAUCAAAUGUGUACUUGGUUCUAAUUUUUUUUAGCAUCGAUCGCUGGAAAUUUGGAUUGUGGCGAUGAUACCCUUCGAUUGAAUUGUCUUUUUUUUUUUUUUUUUUUUUACAAUUAGAGACUCUACAUGCAAAGAUUUAUGGUUUGAAUCAUAUUAAGCAUUAGCUUAUAGUUUUUUCUUUUAAAUAUUAUAGUGUCAUAUGAUUUUUAUCGGAAUUUAAGUCAUGUAGUCAAAAUAAACGGUAAAAUUAUCUAAUAUCUAUAUCUUUGUUGUCUGUUCCCCUUCUUUAGAUUUUUGUUUUAAUCUGUAAAGCAGCAUUCUUGACAACUUUGAAAUCCCAUUUGUGUUUUAGGUUUAGAAGGGCUAAUGUCAAAUCUGUUUGUGUUUUGAAUUUAGCGCUGACAGCUGAAUUUUGUUUUGUAUUCCAUUGACUUCUUUAUUUAUAUCUGAAAUUAUUUUGAAGCCCUAUAUGUAUUUUUUCUUUUUUUGGUGUAAAGUAUAGCUAUCAGACUCUUUCAAACCAUGGCUCUCUCUGAUGGUCAUAAAAAUAGAGGAGAGUUGAGGAUUCAUGAGAGUUUGGAUGAGCUAAAGACUGACUUGGCAGACUAUGUUGCCGAAUUAUCAGAGGCAUCUGUGAAGGAGCGGGGAGUCUUUGCCCUUGCUUUAUCUGGUGGUUCUCUCAUUGGCUUAAUGGGGUAUUUAAAACUCUGCGAAGCUCCUUAUAACAAGACAGUGGACUGGUCCAAGUGGUAUAUCUUCUGGGCUGAUGAGCGUGUUGUGGCAAAAAACCAUGCUGAUAGCAAUUAUAAGCUUGCUAAGGAUGGCCUUUUGUCAAAGGUGCCUAUUGUCCCCAGUCAUGUGCAUUCUAUUAAUGAUUCAGUGUCAGCAGAAGAAGCUGCUGAUGAUUACGAGUUUGUCAUCCGACAGUUAGUGAAAACCCGUGUGGUCAGUGUGUCUGAGAUUUGUGACAGCCCCAAGUUUGAUCUCGUUCUGCUUGGAUUGGGUCCAGAUGGCCAUGUUGCAUCUUUAUUUCCUAAUCACUCAGCACUCAAUGAAAGGGAAGAAUGGGUAACUUUCAUUACUGACUCCCCAAAACCUCCACCUGAGAGAAUCACAUUCACCUUGCCUGUUAUCAAUUCUGCUUCCAAUGUAGCAGUGGUUGUCACAGGUGACAGCAAAGCAGAAGCUGUACACUUGGCAAUAGAUGAUGUUGAACCUGAGUGUCCAUUUAUACCAGCAAGAAUGGUCCAACCAGCUAUGGGGAAGUUGGUGUGGUUUUUGGAUAAGCUGGCUGCCUCAAAACUUGAAGAUUCCAAUUUGAACAAUUAGGAUGAAGCCCCUUGCAGAGGUGUAAGUUUGUAUGUAGUGUUAUGGGAUUCCACAAGUGUUGAUGAUCCUUAGAUCCUGCCUAUUUCUUUUCUCUUGGAUAGAAAGUCUUCACUUUUUGCCUUUUCUUGCUCUCUCUUGGGAGGUUGGUUGGAGAAGUGUCAAGUGUGGUAUAGUUUUUAUAAGCGGCCAAUAAAAGUUGUGGAGAGCAUAUCAUCAUUCCAAGUGUCUUCUUAAUUCCUCACUGGGUUAUUGGUUAUAAUGAUGGUCUCGCUUGUUUGCAAUUUAGAUAGGAAAAUCAGGUUCAUGUAAUUGUAAGAGUUCACUUUCCCUCACCCUCCCAGUUUCUUGUUAAUCUAUUUUGUUUGAAUCCUAAUACAUAGUCAUCUACCUCAUGAUGAAAAUUUUAAAUGUAUUUUGGUUUUAUGGCUAUAUUUGAGGAUUCCUCUGCCCUUUGGGAGAGGAUAUCA